CGGUGAUUUUUUGACGUUGAGCACACCGAUCGCCGUGGACUUGUCGGUACAGGACAUUAUAACCAAGAAUUUUGACGUUCGACGUGUCGUGAAGUACGGUUAGAGUGAAGUGUUAUUUGCUGUGUGAUAAGUUUCGACGACGCAGUUUCUGUUGACGAUCAACUUGUUCCUGUGGAGGUAGCAGUGGAAACAUUUUUUUCGCAAAGUACUUGGUGAUCUAAAUCUGCGUUAUCACAUUCACUGCAUUUAUCAACAUUUUUUAUUUUGUAGUUAAUCACGAAUACCGAUAAAGAUGGACCUGGAAAGAGAAUUGAUUCGAAAAAAGUUGCUGGAUCCAGAUUUAAUGAAGUUGAUUAAGAAAACUAGCAGUUUCAGUAUUCAUAAAAGUGUUGAAAUUUCUGAAAAAGCCAGACAGGCUGGAAAUUUGCUAUAUGUCCAAAAGGAGCAUACUAGAGAAAUGCAUGAGACAAACCUUAACUGCUUUUCAAUGAGUAUUGCCUUUGCUCCGACAGCAUCCGAAGAGUUGGCACUUGGAUAUGGCAAUCGGUCAGCUUUACUUUUGCAUUUAAAAAAUUUUCAAGGUAGCAUUUUAGACAUCGACAGAGCUUUAUCCAUUUCCAAAAGCAAAUCUUUGAAAGUUAAGUUACUUUGUCGCAAAGUUGAAUGUUUAACUGCUCUAAAUUUAUCUGAAAGUUCUACUGUAUUUAAAAAAGCUGUUGAGUACUUCAAUAAGAUAGAUGAAAAAGAUAUUGAAAAUAAAAGUCAUCUACACACUGUGCUUACCAAAACAAAACUUGUCUUAGAUUCGAAGAAUGUGAUUUUAAAAUAUAAUUUAAAUAGAAGACUAAAACUUCAAAUUUCACAAAAACAAUCUGGUGACUUCAAUUCAGUAGAUGUAAGGAAUUCAAAUAAAUAUGGUAGACACUUGAUUGCUACUCGACACAUCAAACCUGGAGAGAUAUUUUACAAAGAAAAACCUUUUGUAGUUUGUCCUAAUGGUGUAAAAUUAUACAUUUAUUGUAGUCAUUGUUUGACUAUAGCAUGGAAUGGAAUUCCUUGUAAAUAUUGCAAUUGGUGCAUAUUUUGCUCAUCCAAAUGUAGAAAAGAAGCUUGGAUUAAAUAUCAUCAUGUUGAAUGCUCCAUCAUCACUCAUAUGAUAGAAUUAAAUAGAAACUAUUCCCAAAACUUUCAAAUGAGCCUGAGAGCUGUGGUCAUGGGGUUACAAGAGUAUGGAAAUAUUGAUAAACUGAAAGCUGAAAUAGAAGUAAUGAAUUCAUGCAAAGAUUACCACAUACAGCAUUUAUUAAGUGAUGAAAAAUGUCAAAGUAGCAAGUUCUGUAGUAUUUUUAACUUAUCAAGCUGUAUCAAAGAUAAACACUUUGAGAUAAAUAUUUGUAAUGCAGCAAUAGCUUUAUCUUAUGCAGCUAAAUACACAACACUCUUUGGGAGAAAUGUGCUAGAAAGUGACGCUUGCAAUAGUAUAGCUGAUAAUGAAGAAGUUUUAUUUAGUGGGUGUUUGUUAUUGAAAUUUGUUCAGAUAUGUAAUAAACAUGCUUAUAGUUUUUCUACUUCAAUGAAAAUGUGCAAACAUGCAGAUGAAACAGUUAAAUGUUUGAAAAAAUAUUGCAAAGAUAAGUUGACUUACUUAGCUCCUAUCAGUAGUUUGACUAAUAAUAGUUGCAUUCCCAACAUGAGAAGGUGUUUUACAAAGGACCAAAAAAUUAUUUUUUAUGCUUUGGAAUCUAUUGCUAAAAAUGCUCAAGUAUGA